CAAAAGUACUGAGAGACCACUUGGUCUUCAAGAUUGCUCCCAUGCUCAAUCCUGAUGGAGUUUACCUAGGAAAUUACAGCUCAAAUGAAUGUUUACAAGAACCUGCAACAGAAGCAAACCAUCUCCCUAAUCACUUCAUAUGCACUACCAGAUCACUGCACUCCCUGUGGCUAAAAGGUGCUCCCUGAUGGGGUUUGAUCUGAACCGGCACUGGGCAAAUCCCUCUCCGUGGGCUCAUCCCACCCUGCACGGAGUGAAGGAGCUCAUCAUCGACAUGUACAACAACCCGAAGAUUAACCUGGAGUUCUAUAUCGACAUCCAUGCCCACUCCACCAUGAUGAAUGGCUUCAUGUAUGGGAACAUCUUUGAAGAUGAGGAAAGAUUUCAGCGACAGGCUGUUUUUCCCAAGCUACUCUGUCAGAAUGCUGAAGACUUCUCUUAUUCCAGCACGUCAUUCAACAGGGAUGCUGUGAAAGCUGGGACAGGCCGGCGCUUCCUUGGCGGGCUCCUAAAUGACACAUCCUACUGCUACACUCUGGAGGUCUCCUUCUACAGCUACAUUUUGGGUGGAACUGCUUCUGCUGUGCCCUACACCGAGGAAGCCUAUAUGAAGCUUGGAAGAAAUGUGGCUAGGACAUUCUUGGAUUACUACAGGCUGAACUCCUUGGUGGAGAGACCACUAGCACCUACUCCUAAAACUCGGAAGGACAACGUGCCACUCCAUAAAUGCACUGCCCAGCGGGGCCCAGGGAACAGCCACGCUGGAGGCAAACCCGGGAAGAGGAGCCAGGCGCAUCUGAAGGACUCGUCUCUUUCCACGCGCUGA